AUGAAAAUCCGCGAGGAUGGUGCGAGCGAGGAAUCAUGUGAUGAAACGGACUGUAGUGUUUCAGAGACCGAUGGGAGAGAGUCCAUUCAGAUUAUGCUGGGUGACACGGCCUUCUAUGAUUCGUCAAGUAGUGGGAACACUCAAGAGCCUCGACGUCCAUCAACGCAACAAGCUCCAACCGAGCACCAAACGCAGAAUCGAUGGAGCGUCAGCUCGUGGUCUUCCGUGCAAAAUCACAAUUCUAUCUACGAAGAGCAGGGUGAUGAAAGCUGCGAUGAUCUUCGUCUACGAAGCCAUGAUACGGAAGCGCCAACUGAAACUUGUUCAGCCGUAUCAACACGGCCCGCUUCGAUAGCGGAUGAUGAAUUGCAACCUCUUCAAGACCACGGCGUCAUUGGACCCAAUACGCUUCAGGCAGCCGAAAAUCGGGAAAACCUCUUCUCCACUCCGCCCAGUUUGGCCAGAUUAGGAAGAUGGGAUUCUAAGCGCGUCACUCAGCUCUACCUUGAAGAGCUUACGCGAGGCAGAAGCCAUAGCUACAGCUCGGCAGUACGUGCCUCGCCUGAGCCUCGCUCUCAACCCGCGAAUACACGUGCAGAUGAGCGCCCUGAUAGUCUAACUGACGAUCCGGUCGUUGUCCCAGGAUUCCAGGAAUACCCUGCUUCCGAUAGACACUCCAACUCGGCCAGUUUGGUUGAGCGUGAUGACUGGGAACAUGCGUCUCCUUCUAUUAUGGACUGGAUGCAGGUCAGGGCCAAUGAUGGAGCGAUCACUCCUGCCACUGAUCCCGAUUGCGACUUUUCUGAUGUGCUUACGCCCCGCAUGAUACCUUCGAAUCAAGAUAUCGGCCUGAGCAAUGGUCUUGGAGUCUCCGUCAAUCGGGGUGAGCAGACCAAUGAAUCUCCUCUGGCGCCUGACUCUUCUGCUACAUCGCUUGCUCCGUCCACGGAUCAGACCCGGCUUGAGUCUAGGAAGUCGCCUUCUCCUGAGCAACGCCGCCUCAAGAAGAGGCAGCAUAUCAUCAAAGAGCUUGUCGAUACCGAACAUACAUUUGGUCAUGAUAUGAUGGUUAUUGAGGAUAUCUACAAAAGUACAUCGUCUGACAUAUUGGACGCCGAUGAUAUCAAAACCCUCUUUGGCAAUUCUGAGCAAGUUGCGGACUUUUCCGAUCACUUCCUGCACGACCUUAAAAAGGCAGCUAGAAGCAUUUACAUCAUCCCCAAAGCUCAGCGGUGGACUAGUCAACGGAACCGCGAGAACCUUCCGCCUUCUGAGCCUGAACCUCCUGUCGCCGAUCAACUGGCCGAGUACGCAGGACUGUCCGAGCUCGAGAAGGACCGAUCCACUACAGUCGGUCAUGUUUUUAUCCGCCAUCUACAGCAGAUGGAGAAGGUAUACACGGACUAUUUGAAGAACCACGAUGCAGCGAACAAAAAACUUCAGGCCUUGCAGCGUCUCCCAAAUGUAGGCAUUUGGCUAGGGGAAUGUCGCAACUAUGCCUCCGACCUCACAACUGCUUGGGACUUGGACUCCCUGCUCGUCAAGCCCGUGCAACGGAUCUUGAAAUACCCCCUUCUCCUCAGCGACCUCUUGGAGUCCACGCCAAAUGACCACCCCGACCGCAUAGCCAUCGCCAACGCACUGGAAGAAGUCACGAACGUGUCUCAUCGCAUCAAUGAGUCGAAGAAGCGCGCUGAUCUGGUUGGCCAGGCUGUUGGUCGCAAGCGUAAUCAGUCCGAUGUUCGGGCUGGUCUGUCUAAGGCCUUUGGUCGCCGCACCGAGAAAUUCAGACAGCAUGUCGGUCUCUCGGAUUUGUUCGAGGACAAAACGUAUGAUGCGUUGGCGCAGAAGCUUGGCGACGGUUACUUUCAGCUGCAGGUCGUUAUGCGUGAUGUUGAGACUUACUCUUCGGAUGUCAACAUCUGGGUUACUCAGUUCAGCGACUAUACCGAUGCCAUAGGGGAGAUAGUGGGGAUGUCACCGUCUUCUUAUCCUGAGUUGGAGAGUAAAUGGCAUCGCUUCAAGAUGACUGUUCAGGAUGUUGUCUCGACUGCCCUGCCGGAACAUCUUGAAAUCGUUCGCAAGACGGUCAUCACUCCGAUGGUUGAAGUGCUUGGCCUUUACAAUGCGCCCCAGCGAGUCAUGCGCAAGCGCGACAAGCGUCUUCCGGAAUACGCACGCUACAAAGCCAUCAAAGACCGCGGCGACAAGCCGGACAAAAAGACCACGGAGCAGGGCGAGCAGUUUCUGGCUCUCAAUGAAACUCUGAAAGAUGAGCUGCCAAAGCUCUACGCCCUGACUGCCAAAUUGAUGUCGGCGUGUCUGAAGAACUUCAUCGAGGCCCAGACUGUGUGGUUCAGCGUCCUGCAAAUGAAGAUCGGCAACCACGUCGAUUUCCCCGGUGAUCUCCAAAGACUCGUCAGCGACUUCAACAGCGACCACCUCCUCAUGGAAGCGCGCAUGCAAGAGCUGAGCACCUGCAACGGCUCGAUGCUCGCCCACUCCCUGAACCUCGUCCCACUCUCCCCAAGCGAAACAAACGUGCAAUCCCCGCGCCGCCCCUCGACUGUCAACAGCAGCGGCGCCCGCGGCUCCAUAAACGGCGACUCCCCCAAGAUGUCCCGGGACUUCAGCGCAGGCAGCCAAUACAUGCAAUCCCCAGACCCGCAAUCCCACCGCAGCAGCCGCUACCGCGCAGACUCCACUAUCUCCCGGCCUGCCGACACCCCGAGCGCCCUCCUCCAACAAGCCCUCAGCUCCCCACCCUCGACCCGCAACAGCGUCUCAGAACCAUUCCCCUCCCUCCCCCGUCUAAGCCUCGACGCCCCCUUCCUCGCAGACGUCCUCGCAAGUCGCCCCGCCUCCCCACCAGACCGCUACUCGGGCUUCUUCUCCUCCGCCAUGCCAAUGUCCGACACUCCCGAGUUAGUCCCCAACCGGCCCCGCGCCAACGGCCCAGCAGCCAUCUUCUGCGCCGCCAGUCUCUACGACUUCGAUAUCGACGCCCGCACAGAAGGCGGCUACCCCUACCUGACGUACGCGUCUGGGGAUGUCUUCGAUGUCGUCGGCGAAAAGGGCGAGCUGUGGCUUGCGCGGAAUCAGGACGAUGCUGCGGGGACAGUCGGCUGGAUUUGGAAUAAGCAUUUUGCUCGAAUCCGUUAA